AUGAUAGCUUCAGUAAAUUGUUUAAUUCUAGGAGAAGCUUCUAAAAAUAAUUUCAAUGUUGUCAUUGGCGAAGUAUAUACCAAUGAUGAUAAAAUUGAUGUCACCUUUGAUCAAUUCACUAUUUCAAACUUCAAAGAGCUUCUCUUUCGUAGGGAAAAAGUAAAAAAGGCAGUUCAAGAUUCUGAUAGUAUGGAUCUUUAUAAAGUUAAACUCAGUCUUUUGAGCCUUAAAGAUAAAAUUUAUACAAUGGAUGAAAUUGAAGAUCUUAGCACGAUGAUGGAAUCUAUGCUUGAAUUUAAAGAAUAUUUCAAUAAUGGUGACAAAAAACCAAAGCCAAGAUGCCUUCAUAUCUUCAUAGUCCCUACUAUUGUAGCCCCGCUACUGGAAAAAGCAUUACAUUUGACAAUAUUGAAGAGGAACUGGAACGAAUUAAGCCAAAAUCACCAUAUGACUGAAGUGAAUAUAAGGGAUGUUGAAAAAUACCAAAAGCAGACAUUAGGCCAAUUCUACCGCAAAGCCCUACCCUAUGAUACAAAGGUAGAUAAGAUGAAUCUAGCGAUGUUUGGACAAAUGUUGGAAAAGGCACCAAUGAUAAACAAUAACAAAACAUUGCUUGAUCUUAUUGAGAAUGACAUUGGUGAAACAAAUUAUUACAACGUAGUGGCAAUGGUUGGUCGAUCAGGUGCAGGAAAGACUGCAAUAAUAGUCGAUCUAGCAAAACAGCACUUUAUUGUCUACUGUCAACGAGAUUCAGUUCAGGCAUUGAAGGACAAUGACAUACGUCUGAAACAACGUGCAGGAGAACGUGUUGAGCUUGAAUUUCUGACACGAUUGCUAUUCCUACAACUACUUUUCAAGAUAAAACCUAACCUUACACCAGAGCAAUUUUUCUGUGAACAGAUGAAUGGAGGGGCUAAAACAAUUGAAAAUCUAGUGGGAACACUACGUAAAUAUCAUGUAACAACAAUCAGAGACAUGCUGUCAUAUGUGCAGAGAUAUCUAACAAAACAUAUCUAUGACCAAAGGCAAGGACUGGUGAUUGCUUUGGAUAAGGCCCAUAUUGCAGCAAAGUAUAUCCUGGCUGAAAAGCUAAUUUCACCCUCUAUACUAUCUGAAAACCUGAAAAACCAAAUAGAAGUGCUGUCAAGUACCCUCAAUCACAUGAAUAAUCUGCAAGAGAAAUAUCAACGUAGUUUUUUCACACCUCUAUGCGCAACACUGAGUGAUAUGCACGCAACACUGGUGGUGCUUGGAACAUCAUUGUCACUGUCAGAUGCAGACCAAGUAAGCUCAGCAGUUGACAAGAAGACAAACUUUCAAAAAAUUAUAAAUUUUCCUAAACUUAAUGAGCAAGAUGUGGAUAAUCUGUUAAAAUAUGCUAUUGACUUAUCUGAGUGUGUAAUCCCACCUAACAAGCGACGAAAACUUACAGGAUGGCCUCAUUUUUCAUCUAGUGUUAUUGGUAAGCUGAAUGACUCUGACAUGCACACCAAACAGGAUUUGUUCAUUAGUGCAGUUGAUUUAGCAAUUGAUCAAGUUAAGAAUGAUCUGAAGAAAAUAGUGCAAAAUCUUCUCGCUGAUAAGGCAUUAAACACAGCACGUUUACUUGGUCACAUGGUCUUAGCAUACAAGCUUUACAAUGGUAAGAUAUCAUUUGCACACAUUUCAGAAGCUGACUUUGUGAAUAAUGCCUUGUGCAAUCUAAGCAAAGACUCUGAUGACGUGCACUUGAUCAUGGAUGAACCACUGGUGAUUGAAGUUGUGGAAGAGGAACUGAAAAGCAUAAAUGUUGAUCCUGAAUUUUUAGUGUAUCUUGAUCAAUUCAACUAG